GACAUUAAGACUAAAGAAUCUCCUCUCUUAUCCACUCCUUUCACUUUGGUGGAGAAUUCAAAUCCCACUCAGAGAAUUGAAAAAAGAGCAGAAGAGAUCUCUACAAUGGCUGCAGAUGCUGUAAACUCCACCCCAUUAAGGCUUCCAUCAGCCAUUCCCACUGGGAAAUGGAAUUACAAUCCCAGAGUUUGUCUCCUAACAAAACCCUCAACUCCUACUGUCUCCUUGUACAAGAUUCAGUCUACUUUCUCUCUCAACAACUUCAGAUUUUGUUCCAAUCUCUCUCUCAAAGCUUCUUCUUCCCUUGCUUCAGUUGGAAAUGCAGGAUAUGUGGAGGAACCUUCAACCAAUGUGAAAUUUCCAACGUCCUUGACUUUGCCGGGCUUCUCAACGUCGCUGUCACUGCUCGGAACAGGUUACAGAGAGAAAAUUUUUGCAAUCAUUGGUGUUAAGGUCUAUGCUGCAGGACUAUACAUCAAUCCAUCCAUCUCAAAUGAAUUGAACGCUUGGAGGGGACGACCAGCUGCUGCAAUUCAGGAGGAUUCUUCCUUGUUCAAUAUAAUUUUUCAGUCUCCUUCAGAAAAAUCUUUACAGAUUGUUCUUGUCCGAGAUGUCGACGGUAAAACUUUCUGGGACGCCUUGGAUGACGCCAUUUCUCCAAGAAUCAAAGCACCAACACCGGUUGAUGAAUCUGCAUUAUCUACGUUUCGUAGCAUCUUCCAGGGACGAUCUCUUAAGAAAGGAACGUUCAUAUUCUUGACUUGGUUGGAACCUACAAAGAUGCUUGUUAGCAUCUCGGUAGAUGGCCCACCAACAGGAAUAGAAGCUACAAUUGAAUCAAAUAAUGUGAUUUCAGCUCUUUUCGAUGUUUUUUUCGGAGACUCCCCUGUUUCUCCUACUUUGAAGGCUUCUGUUGCAACUGGAUUGGCUGGAGUUUUGAAAUAGAACCACAAUUUUCUUGUACUUUUAUUAAUUUGAAUGAACAUUUGGAUAUGGUUCCACCAAACAAGUUAAAAGUGAGAGAUCGCAAUAAGUGUAAUACAUGUUAGAGAAGGGACCGACUCAAGAAUCUGUUA